UUUUCAUUUAAAAAACUUACUAAAACAACUUUAUUUUUUUGUUUUCAACCAUUAUUAUCAUAAACCAAGUACUAAAAACAAAGUCAUUUGUUUGUGUAAGUAGUUCUUGUUGUGUGAUAUGUUAAUAAGAUCAUGACUUCUGAUCAUUCAUCAUCUACGACCUCAGACGAAUUCAAGAGUGUCGAUUCUUCUCUCAAAGGCAUUUCGUCGUUACGUGCAAAUUCUAUAAAAGAAGUCGGUUUCGUUGAGUUGGGUAGUAAGUAUGGAUCACAAAGAGGAGGAGGAGGUUCUGGCUAUGAAUCUCGAAAAGCAGGAGGUGGUUCGGGUAGUAUGGGAAGUAUGUCCAUGUCACAAAGAGAAAUAAGUGAUGAGGAUUCAAGGCUUGUUUACAUAAACGACCCGAUAAAGACUAGCGAAGAAUAUUCGUUUGAAGUUGCUGGUAAUUCUAUUAGAACAAGCAAGUAUUCUGUUUUAACUUUCCUGCCAAGAAAUUUGUUUGAACAGUUUCAUAGAGUUGCAUAUGUUUAUUUCCUUAUUCUAGUUAUUCUUAACCAAUUGCCACAGCUUGCGGUUUUUGGUAGAUUUGCUUCUUUAUUGCCUUUGACUAUGGUAUUGUUAGUUAGUGCUGUUAAAGAUGGUUAUGAGGAUUGGAGAAGGCAUAGGUCAGAUAGGAUUGAAAACAGUCGUUUAUCGUCUGUUUUAGUAAAUGGUUUGUUUGCUGAUAAGAAAUGGAAAGAUAUUCAAGUAGGGGAGAUUAUUAAGAUUUCUGCAAAUGAAACCAUUCCUUGUGAUAUUGUGUUGCUUUCGACUAGUGACCCAACUGGGGUUGCAUACAUCCAGACUAUUAAUUUAGAUGGCGAGUCUAAUUUAAAAACACGGUAUGCUAAACAGGAGACGCUUUUAAGAAGCAAUGAGAAUGAUAAGUAUGAUGGGGUUAUCAAGUGUGAAAAGCCUAAUAGGAAUAUAUAUGGGUUUUUGGCUACAAUGGAGGUUGAUAAGAAACGGGUGUCACUUGGCCCGUCAAAUAUUGUUCUUCGUGGCUGUGUGCUCAAGAACACGAGUUGGGCUGUAGGUGUUGUGGUGUAUACUGGAAUGGAAACCAAAGUUAUGUUGAAUAACUCUGGUGCACAGUCCAAAAGGAGUAAUCUUGAGGCCCGAAUGAACAGAGAGAUUAUCUUCUUAUCGUUUUUCCUUGUUGGGUUAUGCUCAAUUGUGUCUAUUUGUGCUGCUGUUUGGUUGAGGCGCCAUAGAGACGAGCUAGAUAUCAUGCAAUUUUAUAGAAGGAAGGAUUACAGUGGGGAAGAAGUAGAUAAUUACAAGUAUUAUGGGUGGGGGUUGGAGAUUUUAUUCACGUUUCUUAUGUCGGUGAUUGUGUUCCAGAUUAUGAUACCUAUUGCUUUGUAUAUAUCCAUGGAGCUCGUUCGUAUUGGUCAGGCUUACUUCAUGAUCAAUGAUGAAAACAUGUAUCAUGAAUCAACAGAUUCAAAAUUCCAGUGUCGAGCUUUGAAUAUGAAUGAGGAUUUAGGACAAGUGAAGUAUGUAUUUUCUGAUAAAACUGGUACGUUGACUGAAAACAAGAUGGAGUUUCAGUUUGCUAGCAUUUCAGGUGUAGAUUAUGGUGGGGAGAAAACAGAACUAUAUGAUGAACAAGGAGGAUAUUAUGCUAAAGUGGACGGGCAGGCUUUAAGGCCAAAAAUGAAGGUGCAGGUUGAUAGGGAACUAGUUCAUUUAGCUAAAACCGGCAGUGAUACAAAAGUCGGAAAACAGAUUUAUGAUUUCUUCCUUGCAUUGGCUGCUUGCAAUACAAUCGUGCCUAUUGUGGAGGACACUUCUGAUCCUGUUGAGAAGUUAGUAGAUUACCAAGGCGAAUCUCCUGAUGAACAGGCACUCGUUUAUGCUGCCGCUGCUUAUGGUUUUAUGCUUAUCGAAAGAACAUCUGGCCACAUAGUUAUUGAUAUUCAUGGAGAUAGACAAAGGUUUAAUGUUCUUGGAAUGCAUGAAUUUGAUAGUGAACGGAAAAGGAUGUCUGUCAUAUUAGGAUGUCCUGACGGCACUGUUAGAGUCUUUGUUAAAGGUGCCGACACGACCAUGUUUAAUGUCAUAGACAAGUCAAUGGACCCAGAAGUUAUAAAAGCAACCGAAAGCCACCUGCAUUCGUAUUCUUCUGUUGGUUUAAGAACCCUAGUUAUAGGCAUGAGGGGAAUGAGUUCUCAUGAGUUUGAGCAAUGGCGGUCAUCUUAUGAGUCUGCAACCAAUGCUUUAAUGGGUAGAGCCCGUUUACUAAGAAAAGUUGCCAUUAAUUUAGAGACCGGCAUCAGCAUUUUGGGAGCUUCUGGGAUUGAGGAUAAAUUGCAACAAGGCGUACCAGAAGCAAUCGAGUCUUUAAGAAUCGCGAACAUAAAAGUAUGGGUUUUAACUGGUGACAAGCAAGAAACCGCUAUUUCAAUUGGAUAUUCUUCAAAGCUCUUAACAAGCAAGAUGACCCAGAUUGUAAUAAACAAGAACUCUACAGAAUCAUGCAGAAGGAGCUUGGAAGAUGCGUUGAUUAUGUCUCGUAAAGCCAUCAGUUCUGGAGAUAAGGCAACUUCGCUUGCCUUGAUCAUCGAUGGAACAAGCCUUGUAUAUAUCCUUGAUACUGAACUCGAACAACAGCUAUUCGAGCUAGCCAGUAAAUGUGCUGUGGUUCUGUGUUGUCGAGUGGCUCCAUUGCAAAAAGCUGGAAUUGUUAUGUUGAUAAGGAAAAGAACAAAUGACUUGACCCUUGCUAUUGGCGAUGGUGCCAAUGAUGUUUCCAUGAUCCAAAAGGCUGAUGUAGGAAUUGGCAUCAGUGGUCAAGAGGGUCGCCAAGCUGUUAUGGCAUCGGAUUUUGCUAUGGCACAGUUCCGGUUCCUUGUUCCUCUUUUGUUGGUUCACGGACAUUGGAAUUAUCAACGGAUGGGCUACAUGAUACUCUACAAUUUCUACAGAAAUGCAGUGUUUGUUCUUGUGUUGUUUUGGUAUGCACUCUUUACCGCCUUCACCUUGUCAACUGCAAUUAACGAAUGGAACAGCGUUUUAUAUUCUGUGAUCUAUACAGCAAUACCAACAAUACUUGUUGGAAUUCUUGAUAAGGAUCUAGGUAGAGAUUCUCUACUGAAAUACCCUCAGCUCUACGGAGCUGGACAAAGACAAGAAGGCUACAAUGGAAAACUGUUUUGGCUUACAAUAGCAGACACAUUGUGGCAAAGUGUAGUAGCUUUCUUUGUUCCUCUACUAGCAUACUGGAAAUCCGAUAUUGAUGGUUCAAGCAUAGGUGAUCUUUGGACAUUAGCUGUCGUCUUUCUGGUUAACCUUCACUUAGCCAUGGAUGUCAUCACAUGGACUUGGAUCAUUCACGCGUCGAUAUGGGGCUCCAUUGUUGCAACUAUUAUCUGCGUUAUCAUCAUCGACGCUAUUCCAAUGUUACCUGGAUAUUGGGCAAUAUUUCAUAUUGCAGGCGACGGGUUGUUCUGGUUUUGCCUGAUAGGAAUCAUCGUUGCUUCCUUGAUUCCACGCUUAGUUAUAAAGACAUUGGUGCAACAUUACAAACCGAGUGACAUUCAAAUUGCAAGGGAGGCAGAAAAAUACGGGAAUUUAAUAGAUUCAAGAAAUGCAGAAAUAGAAAUGAACCAAUCUCAAAGGUGAAAUGUUUUUGUUAUAGGUUUAUACAUAUUAUUUUUUUGGUGUUCACAUGCUCAUUCAAAUUCUUUAGGUUUGCUAGAGAAAUGCUCUCUUGCUGUGCCUGUGUUGUGUAGUUUUUUUUUCUAGUCCUAAGGACAAAGCAUAUAAGUUUUCCAAGUUUAUAUUAUAGUUUUGUUCAUUAUUUAAUAUUUAUGCAUGUCAUUUGGACUUGCAUGUAUUGUAAAUUAUCAAAAUUAUAGUUCACAACAUAAUUUUUGGUA